UUGGAUUCGCAUCUCGCUUGAAUGGAAAGAAAUCAGCUGUGAAAGCCUCGACUUUGGGAAUGGAAACUGGACGCGGAGCUUUCCGAGUUAACAUUUUUUAGCCGGUGUCUGUCGAUUUAACGCGGUAACAUCGUUCCUUUUAUUCAACCCUGAAGUUUGUCUGUUUGUGUGUUAAGUGGAAGCUAACUAGCUGCUAGCCUGAAACUACCAGUCAGGCUAGUUGACGUUAACGUUAGCAACAGAGCAAAAACACAGCAAAGAUGGUUGAAAGUAUUUUGGACCUGCCGGUGGAGAAGCAGAUAUUUUAUGCUGUGUUGGUAUUUUCGUGGACGGUGUAUCUAUGGGAGGCUUACCUUUCUUACAGACAGAGGAGGAUAUACAGAUCAACAACACAUGUGCCACAGGAACUCGGGAAGAUCAUGGACUCCGAAACAUUUGAAAAGUCGCGUCUUUAUCAGCUGGAUAAAAGCAACUUCAGCUUUUGGUCUGGACUCUACUCUGAGACUGAGGGGACGCUGAUCCUGCUCCUGGGUGGAAUCCCAUUUCUGUGGGGCGUCGCUGGUUCUGUGACGGCUCGCUUAGGAUUCGGGUCGGAGUACGAGAUCACCCAGUCGCUCGCGUUUCUCAUGCUUGCCACGCUGUUCAGCGCCUUUACUGGACUUCCCUGGAGUGUGUACAACACAUUUUUCAUUGAGGAGAAGCAUGGCUUCAAUCAGCAGACUUUGGGGUUCUUCCUCAAAGAUACUGUAAAGAAGUUCAUUGUGACCCAGUGUAUCCUGCUUCCCGUCACCUCGCUGCUCCUGUACAUCAUCAAGAUUGGUGGAGACUACUUUUUCAUCUACGCCUGGCUCUUCACCCUGGCUGUUUCUCUGGUCCUUGUAACGAUCUAUGCUGACUACAUCGCUCCCCUGUUCGAUAAGUUCACUCCUUUGCCAGACGGAGAGCUAAAGACAGGCAUUGAGAUUAUGGCCAAGACUAUAAACUUCCCCCUCACUAAGGUUUAUGUUGUUGAAGGUUCUAAGCGUUCGUCACACAGCAAUGCGUACUUCUACGGGUUCUUCAAGAACAAACGCAUCGUGCUGUUUGACACUCUGCUGGAGGACUUCUCGCCUCUCAACAAGUCCGGAGAGCCACAGCCCGAGCAGCAGCCAGAGACUGAUGAGACACCCAGUGAAUCGAAAGCCAAGCCCAAGAACAAGAAACAAGGAUGCAACAACUCAGAGAUCCUUGCUGUCCUGAGUCAUGAGCUUGGCCACUGGAAGCUCGGCCACACUAUCAAGAAUAUCCUCAUCAGUCAGAUGAAUUCCUUCCUGUGCUUCUCCCUGUUCGCUGCCCUGAUCGGACGCAGGGAGCUGUUUGUAGCGUUUGGCUUUAAUGACAGCCAACCCACUUUAAUAGGCUUGAUGAUUAUCUUCCAGUUCAUCUUCUCCCCAUACAAUGAGCUGCUGUCCUUCUGUCUGACAGUCCUGAGUCGCAGGUUUGAGUUCCAGGCGGAUGCUUUUGCACGCAGCAUGGGCAAAGCCUCCCAGCUCUACUCUGCCCUCAUCAAGCUCAACAAAGACAACCUGGGCUUCCCCGUGGCUGACUGGUUGUUCUCCAUGUGGCACUAUUCCCACCCUCCCCUCCUGGAGCGCCUCAGAGAACUGAGCGGCACCAAGCAGGACUGACGGGGCUGGAAGGGGGAGGUGCGACCGCUGCCUCCCCCAAAGGGCCUCCGCAGACCGCUUCUGGCCCUCUGAUGCACCCUGGCCUUUUUCCACCUGUCCGCCCCCUCAUCUUGUUUUAUCUUCUUUUAGUCAUUCCUUUACUUACGAUACCUCCUUUUGAAACUUUGUUUGAAACAAAACCAAAACAUAUCAGCACAAGCCAGCCUAAAAUGAUCUUUAGCCUGAGCUGAAGUCUCCGCUCUUUCUCUAGAGACACUUAAUAGGCACUUGCUGAGAGCAACACAUUUGGGCAAUGUGUGUUUAGCAAAACGUAUUGUCAGAGUGAGCUCAGAUCACAUUUUGCUGAUUGACCUCAAGUUUAGUUUUUGAGAUCAUUUUAUUUCUGUACAAUCUGAUUAUUUUACUUUUUUAGACCAAAAACAACAUUUUGAAGACAAUGUGUUAUUUCAAAUCCUAAACUUUUCCGUACAGAAUUCUGUGUUUCUGUUGUGAUGUAUACAUGACAUCCAACUGUUAGUCAUACCAGUAUUUUUUAAACUUAUAAUGAGAUUAAUCUGACAAGUAUACUGAGUUUUAUGUGUUGCGCAUUAAAAAAAAAACAACAACAAAAAGACAUGAUGAACUUAACAACUUCAUACAUGGCAAUGCUUUUUGCAGACACACAGGCCAGAAUUUAACUUUUCUCUCAAGUGCAACUGUUGCUUCUUAAGAAAUAACUCCAGGCGAGUUCAAGAGUAAAAACGUUCAAAUCAAGUCAUCAACUCAAAUUCUCUUUUUUUUUUGCAAGAGAAACUAUGUAGAUGCUUUAUCACAGAAGUGUGAGUGCCUCUAAUUUUCUCUGUUUUUGAUCACAUAAUGGAUACAGCAGUGCAGAAAUUUUCAUUUGAAGUCCUUUUUUACAUGCGCUGGGGAGAUCUUGUUUUAUUUUUUUCUAAAGCGCUUGCUUGCCGGCGAGUUUCAGACAGUACCUGUACAUAUGUAACUUUAAUGAGUAGAAUAAUGGUGUAUGUUGUAAAUUGUGAAACAUGUGGAAUGUGGUUUGAAAUUUUAAGUUGAUGCUGUGUUUCUUAGUUUCUUCUCAUGGUUUUGGACCAGAGUGAGCCCAGAGUUGCCUGGCAAGCAAAGUAUUUAUAGGGGACCAGGGAAAGGGGGUCCACAAGGUUCCUUUCACCACAUAAGCCAGUGUUUGGUUUGCCAGCGAGGGGACUGUGUACUUUCUUUGCUGCAUUAAAUAAAAUCCUUCAAAGCA